AUGAGCAUUGAACAAAUCAGAAGUGAAACUACUAAGGAUGAUACCCUCAGAGCGGUGAUGAAUGCUCUGAAAUCAAGUAUUUGGCCCAAGGAUUUGCUUCGAUAUGAAGCGUUCAAAACUGAAUUAGGAAUAUUUGAUGGAAUUGUGGUUCGUAAUGAACGAAUCGUUCUUCCAGUAGCUCUGAGACCAAAAGCCCUUGAAAUAGCUCAUCAGGGUCAUCCUGGUGUGGUUUCCAUGCGCAGGAACCUUCGGGAGAAGGUAUGGUGGCCAUGCAUGGACCGAGAUGUAGCUGAUAAAGUACAGGAGUGUGCUGGAUGUGCGGCUGUAAGUUCACAGUUUCCUCCAGAGCCAAUGAUACGAAAGCAGAUGCCGGAACGUGCGUGGCAAGAGAUAGCCAUUGAUUUUUUCACCGCAAAAGAGUGUGCCACAUUCUUAGUGAUAGUUGAUUAUUUCAGCCGUUUCCUUAAAGUGGUUGAAAUGAAAUCGACUAAUGCCAUUAAAACUAUAGAGGCUCUUGAUGAGGUGUUUGAUGAACAACUUUACCCGGAAAUCAUUCGCAGUGAUAACGGUCCUCCGUUCUCUAGCGAGGAUUUUACCAAGUACUGCCAAGCUAAGAAUAUUCGACUAGUUCGGACAAUUCCCUACUGGCCACAGAUGAAUGGUCUAGUAGAGCGGCAGAAUCAAGGUAUUCUGAAAGCGUUGCGAAUUGCCAAAGUGACAAAUUCAAACUGGCGGAAGGCUGUAAAGGAUUAUAUCCACAUGUACAACACAACGCCGCAUUCAGUAACGGGAAAGGCGCCAAUGGAGCUAAUGACUGGUCGCCCAGUUAAAGACCUUCUCCCGUCCCUGAGAACUGAUCCUCAUAUGUAUCGUGAAGAAGGAAUACGUGAAAAUGACGCAGUGAAUAAGUUGAAGGGCAAAAGAUACGCGGACGAGCGUAGGCAUGCGAAACUUUCGAACAUAAAUGUUGGAGACCUUGUUAUUAUGAGGAAUCAUGAAACCGGUAAACUUGAACCAAAGUUCAGAUUGAAACAAUUCAAAGUGAUAAAAAAAACAGGAAGCGACUGUAUAGUAUCCAAUGACGAGGGUGUUAUGUAUCGCAGAUCAGUCACUCAUCUACGAAAGUGGCCCCCUAAUCAAAAUGGAACUCUUUCUGAUUCAUCCACAGCUUCUUCAGGUCACGCAACUGCGUCAUCAACUACAUUACCAGACAAUCCAGGAACACAUAAUCCGUCCACUACACCACCCAGAAGGCUGAGUAGAUCGGAUCGAAACUCUUCAAACAUCCAGGAGCCAGCAGCCAAACGUCCAGCCCGGGCUAAGAAGUCUCCUAUGCGAUACAGCCCCUAG